AUGGAUCAAAACCACUGGAAUUAGAAGUCCUCAGUCCAAGAAUUCGGAAUUGAUAAGAAUGUUCAAUAACAAAUAGCCCCAUCUCAAGCCCAACUAAUUAGAAGAGUGUCGAAACGUAAUAUUGCAAUUAAGCCAACUCAGGAGAGUGGUUUGACCCAAAUCUUUGAAACAUUCCAUCCUGAACAAAAGAAUCAAGCAUUAGAUGAUAUCAAAUUUAUCAUAAAAUGUUUUUAAGGCCAUUUCGUAUUUAGCUCAAUGACUGAAACAUAAUUGACUCAAUUAGCUCAUAGCAUGUUUUAUUGUAAAUUAUCAGUUGGCUAAACCAUCAUACGUCAGGGAGACGGAGCCAGCUCAUUUUUCAUUUUGGAAAAAGGAAAGAUUAAUGUUAUAGUGGAUAAUGUACCGCGAAAAGAAAUAACACCAGGACAAGGUUUUGGUGAAUUAGCAUUAUUGUACAAUGCACCAAGAUCUGCGACUUGUAUGGCAGUUGAAGAGUGUUACCUAUGGGGAAUCGACAGACAUACCUUUAGAAAGAGUGUUGAAACCAUUAUGAGAAGCGAGUAAGAGAAGAAUCGUAAAUAUCUGGAAAGUGUUAAAUUCUUUAAUUAAUUAACAAGAGAAUAAAAAGAUGCAGUAGCUGGAGUCUUGAUAUCUUAAAAAUUUAAUGCUGGUGAAAUUAUUGUCAAUGAAGGAGAUUAAGCUAGCUCCUUUUACAUCAUAGUGGAAGGACAAUGUGGAGUAUUCAAUAAGGAUGGAUAACAAAUCUCGGUGCUCAAUCCUAGUGAUUCAUUUGGUGAGUCUGCUCUUAAGUAGGAACAUCAAGUGAGAAUGAUGACUAUCAAAGCAGUCUAAAAGGAUACCAAAGUGUUGGCUUUAGGAAAAGAUAUGAUUUAAUAGAUCUUAGGAGACUAGGUUUAAACUAUCAUUUAUAAAAACAUUUGUAAAUGGGCUCUCAAUUCAUCCAAAUUGUUUAGCAAAACUCCACAUACUUAUUAAGAUAAACUACUCGAAGGUGUGUAAGUAAGAAAGUUUACUGCCAAUUCCAAAAUUAUUUAGAAAGGAGACAAAGUUGGUCAAUUAGUCAUACUCUUAGAUAGUGAUGCUGUUGAUGAAAAUAAAGUUAAAUUUGUUAAGGGAUCGAUUCUAUUUGAAGAUUCAUUAUAAGAUAAAUUGUCAGGCACUACUCAUCUAAAGACUAUAUCUAUUGAAGCAGAAGGACAUGUAGCAAUAAUUGAUUAUGAAGCAUUUAGAAAGCAAUAAGGAAGUGUUGAAAAAAUACAAUAAGGAAAGGCAUAGCAAUAAGAAAAAUCCAAUGCUCAUGAAGAAUAAAUUAAGAGUCAAUCAUUCAAAAAUUUGAUCUAUCUCAAUAAACUUGGCUCAGGUCAAUUUGGAUCAGUCUAUUUAUGUAAAUUUAAAGAAUUAGAAACCUUAUUUGCUCUCAAAUAUGUUACAAGAGCACAUGUCCAGUAAUUCGGAAUAUAAAAACAUAUCCAAUAAGAAAAGGCUGUUUUAGAAUUGAUGGAUAACCCAUUCAUUCUUAAAUUCUACAGAUCCUAUAAAGAUAAUGAAAACAUCUACUUUUUGACAGAAUACAUAGCAGGAAUGGAAUUAUUUGAUGCCAUCAGAGUUAUUGGAUUAUUAAGCAAAUUCGAUGCUCAAUUCUAUGCUUCAUAAAUGAUAUUAUAAAUGGAAUAUCUUCAUACUUAACAUAGCAUUGUGUAUAGAGACAUUAAACCAGAAAAUCUUAUGGUGGAUGAUAAAGGAUAUCUAAAACUAAUAGAUAUGGGAACAGCUAAGUCUUUUAAAAAUUAAUAAUCUACUAAGACAUUUACAAUCAUUGGUACUCCACACUACAUGGCCCCAGAAGUAAUUUCAGGAAAAGGUUAUGGUUACUUUGCUGAUUUAUGGAGUGUAGGAGUGUGUGUAUAUGAAUUUAUUUGUGGUGGAUUACCAUUUGGAGAAGAAGCUGAGGAUCCAUUUGAAAUUUAUAAAGAAAUCAUAAAGAAACCAAUCAGUUAUCCACAUUUCAUGUCUGACAAAUCUGCAAAACCAUUUAUAGAGCAAUUAAUGAACAAGAUCCCAGAAGUUAGACUAGGAGGAUCAUACUCUACUCUGAAAUCUCAUGUUUGGUUUAAGGAUUAUGAUUGGGAGAAACUAUUGAAUAAGAGCUUGAAGGCACCAUUGUUACCAGGAAAAGACAAGGUUAUGACACCCGCUUAGAUAUAGAGUGCAUAACAACGAGCUAUCUCUGUUUUUGAUUAAAUAUAGAAAGAUACCUAAGGGUAGAAGAAAGUCCUAGCAAGUGCAAAGGAUGCUGAAUGGGAUAGUGUAUUUUGA